AUGCAGUUCAAGGACAUCGUUCUCUUCCUCGCUGCGGCAGGUUCUGCGGUGACUGCUCUUCCCGCUCCAGAGGCCGAGGCUCAAGACACUCCUGUCCGCCGUGCGGAACAGGCGGAGCAGGGCGAGGCAGGCAAGCAGGGUGAUCAGUUCGUCAACCCAGCUCUCAACGGCCUCUACCCAGGCGCCAACCUCGGCUUCCAAGGCCUCCAAAACUUCCAGGACCCUCGCCUCCAGGGGUUCCAGAAUUUCCAGGAUCCUCGCUUGUUCGGAAACCCAUUCUUUAACAACUUCAAGCGCGACGUCGAGGCGGAGUACAACCCUCUCGCCCGUCGUGCUGAGCAGGCCGAGGCGGCGAAGCAGGGCAAGCAAAUCUUCCCUGGCUUUGGCAACCAAGGGCUCGGUAACCAGUGGGGCAACCAAGGUCUCGGCAACAAUGGUCUCGUUGCUGGCGGUGGUGGCGGAGGCGUCAUCCUCGGAGGAGGCAACAACGGCUUCGGCAACAAUGGCUUCGGCAACCCCGGUUUCUUCCCCAACCGCUUCAACCAGCUCAAUGGCUUCCCAGGCCAGUUCGGCAACAACUUCGGCAACAACAACCCCUUCGACUUCUUCAACUAG